UCCAAUUUGAAGCUGCAAUAGAAGGGUUUUAGGAAGAGUUUUUUCUCUUGGAGUUGAGAAAUGGCAUCUUCUUCUUCGACAUCAUCUGGCCCGGAAAUCCCUUGGGUUGAGAAGUUCCGACCCACCAAGGUAUCCGACAUCGUCGGCAACGAAGAUGCUGUCGCCAGGCUCCAAGUUAUUGCUCGUGAUGGAAACAUGCCCAAUCUUAUUUUAGCCGGUCCUCCGGGUACUGGCAAAACCACUAGUAUAUUGGCUCUUGCUCAUGAGCUUUUGGGACCAAACUAUAAGGAGGCUGUCUUGGAGCUAAAUGCAUCAGAUGAUAGAGGCAUCGAUGUUGUUAGAAACAAAAUCAAGAUGUUUGCUCAGAAGAAAGUUACUCUACCCUCCGGUCGGCACAAAAUAAUUAUUUUGGACGAGGCUGACAGCAUGACAUCUGGAGCUCAGCAAGCACUGAGGAGGACAAUGGAAAUAUAUUCGAAUUCCACUCGCUUUGCUCUUGCUUGCAACACUUCUUCUAAGAUUAUCGAGCCUAUUCAAAGUAGAUGCGCCCUGGUCCGAUUUGCAAGAUUAUCUGACCAAGAGAUCCUUGGACGCCUUAUGGCUGUAGUUGCAGCAGAAAAGGUUGCUUAUGUACCUGAAGGUCUUGAAGCUAUUAUAUUUACUGCUGAUGGAGAUAUGAGACAGGGCUUAAAUAACUUACAAGCAACACACAGUGGAUUUGGUUUUGUCAACCAAGAGAAUGUUUUCAAGGUUUGUGACCAACCUCAUCCGUUGCAUGUGAAGAAUAUGGUGCGGAAUGUCCUUGAAGGGAAAUUUGAUGAUGCAUGUGCCGGUCUAAAGGCACUGUAUGACCUGGGAUAUUCCCCCACUGACAUUAUCACGACCCUCUUCCGAAUCAUAAAGAACUAUGAUAUGGCAGAAUAUGUUAAGCUGGAAUUCUUGAAGGAAACUGGUUUCGCCCACAUGAGGAUCUGUGAUGGGGUUGGUUCAUAUCUCCAGAUGUGUGGUCUGCUGGCUAAACUAUCAUUGGUUCGAGAAACAGCUAAGGCUGCAUGAUGAGAUAGGCAUUGAAGUGUCAGCCUGUCGAAUUGCAAAGUUUGUUACUGCAAUGAGGCGUUAUGCAUUUCAAUUCUACAAAUGUGUGAAGGCUGCAUUUUAACUCUACUCUACGAAUGAACAUGUUAGAGAAAGACCAUGUCUUUCCUUUUUUGAUUGGUAUAAUCUGAUUAAGAACAUGUGACGGGUGGGUUAGAUACUUAUCACAGCUUCGACUCUUGUCACGAACAAAAGCCUCAUAAUUGCAACCUUCAAAACUCAGGAUUCCUCAUAUCCUUCGACUCUUAAAUAUAGGCUGAGUUUGAAUUCGUGACUUAAAACACAAGUUCCUCAA